AUGGCUACAGCAAUCAGCGUCAGUCAAACAUAUUCGAUCGGUACCUCAUGGACCAAAGGCUCGACCUUUGGUAUCAAGGUCACUGAUUUAAUCACCAUGGGCGGAACCUGGACCGUGUCAGAGACCGUCACGUACUCGUUUGCGCAAGGUGUCAGCGGCAACUGUGGCGAGCCGGGAGCACCGCCGGGGCCGAAGCGUUGGCGGUGCAGCGUGCUGAUCAUUCCGAGCGUGCUCCGCGUCACUGGCCACCUCGAAAGGAUGAGCCCUGGCAAGAAAUGCCCCGUAGAAAGAAUCCCAGGCAGAAAUGGCGAUGCGAAAGGCGGUAAGGCGAGGGCGAAGGACGGGGACGUGUUUGAGUUUGAGGUUCCGAUCCUGGACAAAGGUCGCAAUCCCAAGUGGACGUACGUUGUUUGCACAUGCAAGAACCUCCAGCAUUGGGCUGACGAGGGACAUCCUGCCACUUUGUGCCCCGAGCCCUGCACUCGGCCUGAGGGAUAA